GCGCCGCCCGCAGUUUUUAUGUCAUACUCGAGACGUACGCACGUGCUAGUGAAACUUUUCAGUGUCAAUAGUAACAUGUCGCGGUAUUUUGCGUUUUUUGCACUUUUCGCGCUCGCGGUCGCCUAUCCCGCGAGCGAAGAUUUCCCUCGCCCCAUCACGACAAUAACUGAAUCAGACUUCGAAGAUUCAUCCCCCUGGUUCCGAUUUCCACCUUUCGGAAACAUUUUUGCGCCACUGACAAAACUGUUCUCAAGUUUCGCGGACAUCGGACCGAAGAUCCUGGUAGAAGACGAUAAAUUCCGUGUUAUCGUUAACGUUAAGGACUACAAGAAGGAAGACCUGAAAGUUAAGGUGAAAGGUGACUUCAUCUUAGUCCAAGGAGCCCACGAGGCUAAGCAUGAUGACCACGAUCUAUUUGCCAGCCAAUUCUUCCACACAUACACCCUUCCCUUAAACGCUAGUGCAUCCGAUGUAACCGCUUCUUUGUCCAGCGAUGGUUAUCUGGAUGUAACUGCUCCGAUAAAUGGUGCGGAUGAGAACAACAAAGUUGUUGAAAGAGAAGUACCGAUCGUUGAAACUGGAAAACCAUUGAAAGAAGAAAAGGUACCCGCCGUUCCAGUCGCAAGCGAAGACAAAGUAGAAAACAUUGAUAAAGUCGAAUCUCCCGACACGCCAGUAGAGCCUAUUAAGGUUGAAAGUGUUGAUAAAGUUGAAACUCUUGACGCACCCGAAGAACCUCUGACUAAGGUCGAAAAUAUUGAUAAUGUAGAAAACGCUGAGGUCGCCAAUAUCGAACCCGUCGACAAAACUGGAGAGCUUCCUCAGGCUACGACCGAAGUGGCAUAUGAAGCUGAGGAUGACAAGAAAGAGGCUACAACAUCAUCGCCAGACCGCGAGGAAGUGACAGUAGCUGUAGACGAUUUCAAAGUCCCCCAGGACAACGAAGUGAACGAAAUCAAGCCCUAAAGUGAUAUAGAUUUAAGUAUGUAUUUAUAAAACAGUAUUGUAAUAAAUAUUUUUAAUACGAA